CAGGUUGGACUGAGAAUAAAAGUUAUAGAGGAGCAGCAUGGAGAGGUAGAAGGGACUAGCUGGCAUUCAGAGGCCAUUGUUGAAGUCUGUACUCAAGCCACAUCAUCACUGAAUAAGUCACUUUCUUUCUUUAGACCUUUCCUUUUCCAUUUGUAAGAUGAGGAUUAUAUGCCGGUUCUUCCUGCCCUACAGACAUACGGACCAUCGAAUGUAAAGGAGAUGGAAAAUACUUUUAUAUUCAUCAAACAAAAGCCUCUGCUUCAGCAAAUGGGAGCUACUCUAUUUGGCUCAUUGAGCCUGAUGACCUGAGGUGCUGGUUGCUCCAGUCAACUGGUCUCAGCUCUGUCUGUGCCUCAGAAGUACCUGGGGAGCCCUCCCACCCCACUGAUGCUGGGUCUCUCCUCAGACCAACUAAAUGUCCUGAAAGAGACCUCCCAGAUCUCUUGUGAAGUCAGUUUCCUAUAGACACCCACUUUCCAGGUCACUGGAAAUACUGGCAUGUUCCUCUCCACCAGGAAACACUAGACUCUGCCUACUUCUGUCUGGGAGCUGGGGUCUAUCUUCUCAGUUCAUGCUCAAUGGCUAGAGUGAGUUUUCCUAGCAGACAUUCGUGCCCAGGAGGAGGCUGCUUUGGGACCUUUUGGAUCUUUCCGGGAGGGCGAUCCCUGACCACUAGAUGAGUCCCAGAAGCAUCCACUAAGGCUUCCAUAGCCCCUUCCAACAGUCGACCUUCACCGUAACCCCCCACCGUUCAGGAUGAGUGGCCUCCUCACCUCCCUGGACCCCCGGCGGGUGCAAUGGGGGGCUGCCUGGAACGCCAUGCACUCCAGGAUCCUGCGCACCAAACCAGUGGAGUCCAUGCUGGAGGGAACGGGGGCCACCUCAGCACAUGGCACCAAGCUUGCCCAGGUGCUCACCACUGUGGACCUCAUCUCGCUUGGUGUUGGCAGCUGCGUGGGCACUGGGAUGUACGUGGUCUCUGGCCUGGUGGCCAAAGAAAUGGCAGGACCUGGUGUCAUUGUGUCCUUCAUCAUAGCAGCCGUUGCAUCCAUAUUGUCUGGUGUCUGCUAUGCAGAGUUCGGAGUUCGGGUCCCCAAGACCACGGGGUCAGCCUACACCUACAGCUAUGUCACUGUUGGAGAAUUUGUGGCAUUUUUCAUCGGCUGGAACCUGAUCCUGGAGUACCUGAUUGGUACUGCGGCUGGUGCCAGCGCUCUCAGCAGCAUGUUUGACUCGCUGGCCAACCACACCAUCAGCCGGUGGAUGGUGGACACCGUGGGGACCCUCAAUGGCCUGGGGAAAGGUGAAGAAUCCUACCCUGACCUUCUGGCUCUAGUGAUCGCUGUCAUCGUCACCAUCAUCGUUGCUCUGGGGGUGAAGAAUUCCGUGGGUCUCAACAACGUCCUCAACGUGCUGAACCUGGCGGUGUGGGUGUUCAUCAUGAUCGCAGGCCUCUUCUUCAUCAAUGGGAAAUACUGGGCUGAGGGCCAGUUCUUGCCCCAUGGCUGGUCAGGGGUGCUGCAAGGAGCGGCUACAUGUUUCUACGCUUUCAUUGGCUUUGACAUCAUUGCCACCACUGGAGAGGAAGCCAAGAACCCCAACACAUCCAUCCCUUAUGCUAUCACUGCCUCCCUGGUCAUCUGCCUGACAGCAUAUGUAUCUGUGAGCAUGAUCUUAACUCUGAUGGUCCCAUAUCAUGCCAUCGACACGGAGUCGCCACUCAUGGAGAUGUUUGUGGCCCACGGGUUCUAUGCUGCAAAAUUUGUGGUCGCCAUUGGGUCGGUGGCGGGACUGUCAGUCAGUUUGCUGGGCUCGCUCUUCCCGAUGCCGAGGGUCAUUUAUGCCAUGGCUGGCGAUGGGCUCCUUUUCAGGUUCCUGGCUCACGUGAGCUCCUACACAGAGACGCCAGUGGUGGCCUGCAUCGUGUCAGGCUUCCUGGCAGCCCUCCUCUCGCUACUAGUCAGCCUGCGAGACCUCAUAGAGAUGAUGUCCAUCGGCACGCUCCUGGCCUACACCUUGGUGUCUGUCUGUGUCUUGCUCCUUCGAUACCAACCAGAGAGUGAUAUUGAUGGUUUUGUCAAGUUCUUGUCUGAGGAGCACACAAAGAAGAAGGAGGGCAUUCUGGCCGAGUGUGAGAAGGACGUGUGUUCUCCAGUGAGUGAAGGGGAAGAGUUUUCUGGCCCAGCCACCAACACAUGUGGGGCCAAGAACUUACCAUCCUUGGGCGACAACGAGAUGCUUAUAGGGAAAUCAGACAAGACAACCUACAAUGUCAACCACCCGAACUAUGGCACUGUGGACAUGACCACAGGCAUAGAAGCCGAUGAAUCUGAAAACAUUUAUCUCAUCAAGUUAAAGAAGCUGAUUGGACCCCGAUACUAUACCAUGAGGAUCCGGUUGGGCCUUCCAGGAAAAAUGGAUCGGCCCACAGCAGCGACAGGGCACACGGUGACCAUCUGCGUGCUCCUGCUCUUCAUUCUCAUGUUCAUCUUCUGCUCCUUCAUCAUCUUUGGUUCUGACUACAUCUCAGAGCAGAGCUGGUGGGCCAUCCUUCUGGUUGUUCUGAUGGUGCUGCUGAUCAGCGCCCUGGUGUUUGUGAUCCUGCAGCAGCCAGAGAACCCCAAGAAGCUGCCCUACAUGGCCCCCUGCCUCCCCUUUGUGCCCGCCUUUGCCAUGCUGGUGAACAUCUAUCUCAUGCUAAAGCUCUCCACCAUCACAUGGAUCCGGUUUGCAGUCUGGUGCUUUGUGGGUAUGCUCAUUUAUUUUGGGUACGGCAUCUGGAACAGCACCUUGGAAAUCAGCGCCCGAGAAGAGGCCCUGCACCAAAGCAUGUACCAGCGCUAUGACGUGGACGACCCUUUCUCGGUGGAGGAAGGCUUCUCCUACGCCACAGAAGGCGAGAGCCAGGAGAACUGGGGCGGGCCGGCAGAAGACAAAGGCUUCCAUUACCAACAGAUGUCAGAUGCAAAGGCAAACACCCGGACAAGUAGCAAAGCAAAGAGCAAAAGCAAACACAAACAGAACUCAGAGGCCCUGAUUGCAAAUGAUGAGUUAGAUUACUCUCCAGAAUAGCAGCAAACACACAAGAAAUGUGUAGAAAUGAUUUAUUUUCAGUAACUCAACCUGUGGGCUAGAAGGUGAAAACUCUUUUGGCUUUCAUUUCAAAAAUCCAGCCUUCCCCAAAGUCAGUCCCCAGUCAUAGUCUGUCAUUUGCUACUUUUGUUCUUCGAGAUAUUCUGCAGAAGGGUUUAUCCUGGGUCCCACAACUGGUCCUCUUGUAAAAUAAAUUAAACAAGAAACUCUAUCUUGAGAGCAACUGUCAUUGCUGAUGGCAGUAAAUUAUUUUCUGAGUCAUUGCUUUGCUGGUUGAAUCUUUUUGCUUCUCACUGAGAUCCCUAGAAGCAAGGAGCAGACUCAAUGACAGUGAGGCUGCAGCUCUUCCUGGAGAUGUGCCAAAGCAGGUGGGUGUGGGCACAGGGCAACAUUUCGACCCCUGGACCACAAGGGCAGAGAUCUGCCCUCGGUCCGCCCAGCUGAGAGCAGCUCCCCAGGCCAGGUGGGCCAGGGAGAUUUGGCACCUCCUCAGCAAGCAGCACUGUGUCCAGAAAGCUCACAAAAACAAAUUCAUACAGAAGACACAUAUUACUUUUAUUCACCAAGGUUCUCAGUCUCCAAACUAUCAUUCUGGGAUCCAGAAAAGGUCAAGAAUUCUGAGACCAUGUCCCCCAAAAGAUCCAGAUUCACCAUAAAGCAGAUAUGCAGACCCAAAAACAUGGUCAAAACACCAUCAAAAAAUAUUGAAAUGCCCAGAAAAUAUUAAAUAACCAUUUUUUUUUUGUGGGGAAGGCCAGAAGGGCAUUGGCAGAAAUGAACGCUCUGUCAUGCCUUCUCUUCUACCAGACUGUAAGAUCCUACAGAUAGGAGAAAAGAGGGCAAAACUGAAGCAUGAUUUCAUGGCAUUAAUAUGCCUUGAAGAAGCAGGCCAUUUGUUUUAUACUCAGAUAAAAAUCUUUACAAGGAGAAGUGACCCAGUCACUGAGAUCACAUUGCAAAUUCUCUAUCAGAUUUCUAAAAUUAUAAAUUCUGUCUCUUUUUUUGAGAUCGGCAACCACUUGAUUAGUGGGUUCCAUAAAAAUGCUGAAGCCCAGCUACUUAGGUAUUGGCAUUCCCUGGGAUCGCAUUUCAGCUCUGAGCCUUUCUCCUCUAGGAUAGCUCACUUUCAGACAUGUAUUUCUCCUGUUAUUUCCCAGAGUAGUUUUUUGAAGCCCAGAAAGAUAUCUACCUGAGAUAUCUACCUGGUAAGGUCUAAAUCUGGGCCACAAGAGGGGCUCCUAAAGGGAUGUUAUCAGAAACAAGGUAGAUGAGAGUAUUUGCAGCAGGAAAACACAUGGGCUAUAAAUUCUACUCUUGGGUGCCAGGGAUCCCCAAGGUUGAGCCAAGAUGUGUGGAAAAGGAUGUGAAGGCACCAUUCAGAUCAAGCUAAUAUCUUUAAGAGAAUUUCCUGAAAGGGGAGAAAUGUAGCAAAUUCCUUGCUCUUUCUCUCCUGAAUUAGGGUGAUGCCAAAAGGUUUUCAGAAUGCACUGACUAAUGUUUAGGUCUAUUCUUUUUUUAAGGGUGGGGCUUCUGCCAUCUUGGCAUGCCUUUGGAUUAUGGAGAGGAGGUAAAAGUCCAUUUCUUCACUCAACACUGAUUGAGAAUGUACCAAUUAGUAACAAGUAAUGGGAAUGAAAAGAAGUAUAACAUCUGCCCUUGGACUCACAGUCCACAUAAUGAGUAGCACUGGAGCUGAUAAAUGUAGAUAAAACAAGCAAACCUGGCAAGUUCUCACAGUUGAUUGCACUGAGCUUUAACAUAGUAAGAGGGGGGAAAAAAUCAAUUGAAACUAUUUUUUUUAAUUAUGCUUUCAAAUAAAUUGCAUAUUACACCAAUACC